AUGGGUUGGUUUGACGGUCGAUCGACCAUUUCCUCCUCGGGAUUCGUGCGCAAACGGUCGCCGGCAUCCAGCACGCACAGCGGACGCAGCACACGCAGCAAAGCCUACUCCACCCACCACACACGACACUCGGCACCCUCCUUCUUUGGCGGACUAGGCGGUUCACGAACCGGAGGACGAUCGAGCCCAUCUGUGUUCUCCUCGUUCUCAUCCUCGUCGCGACGAGCCAGACCCCGUGAGGGAUUUGUGCAGCGCAUGAUUCGCGAUAUCAAGCGUCUCUUCCGUGACAUCUAUCGCUGGGCCCGUCGUCAUCCGAUGAAGGUUUUCAUGAUGGUCAUCAUUCCUCUCCUGACCAGCGGCGUUCUGCCCAGGCUGUUUGCUAUGAUUGGUAUUCGCUUGCCGCAUGCUAUUACCAGCGCCCUCGGUGGUAGCUCGAAGGCUCGAGCAGGCGAGUUUGGAGCUGGUAGGGGGAUGUCUGAGAACAUUAGCAGCUUGAUGAACAUUGCCAAGAUGUUUGCGUAG